UUUUUUUGAUUAUACAAAUAUAGUAAAUAUUAUGGAUUAAGAAAUGAUUCGAAAGUGGUUGAAUUACUAGAGAAUGCAAAGAGUGAUUAGUGCGUAACAAAAUUUGAUGAGGAAUACCAUGAUACCUGACAUUGAUAAUAAGUAUCAAAUCAACAUAGCUAAGUUGUCAAAUGAAAAAAGCAAGACAGUUUACAAUUACGCAGUCCAUAGGAAUACUAAGAUUGGGGAGACAAUCAAAAAUUAUAUUAUCUAAGCUCAGAAUAGAGUCAGCCAGAGGAGAAGACAAAUAAAACCGAUUCGAUUCAAAACAUAACAAUCAACGAGAACUGAGACUAGUGCUGAACGAUCAUACAAUAUAUGUCCUUAACACUCUAUUUAUCUUAACAAUCGUAAAUCUGUUAGAACAAUCGAAUUCACAAUUGAGUUUCUAUAAGAAAAGCUCAGUGCCCAAACUGAUCACUAAACGAAACACUUUAUUUUCUUAAACAAGACAUUCUCAAUAAAUUGA